ACUGAUAAACCCUUUGAAAGUUGCUUCUAGGAAAUUCAGAUGUCUUUAUCAAUCAAAGUUUAUUAUUGAUGCCUCCCUCAUUCUUAAUGUUUAUCACAAAAUUUUGUCCUAAAAGAGUGUGAGUGGGAGAUGAUGGCCUCAGCGUCAGUAUUGAUAAUAUUUCUGUUGUGUUGUGUGUUUUUGUAUGUGAAAAAGAGAGAGAGAGACUGAAUUUCCUUUGCUUUCUGUUCAUAGAUAUGGAAAGUUGACUCUAAUAGGGUAAUUUCGUCAACUCCUACGAUGAAAUUGAGUUUGGUCUUUGCAAAGCUGAAGAAACACAAGAAAGUGCCCUACAUAUAUAUAUCAUUGUUGGUGAUCCAGUUUAAAAAAGAAGUUGAAGAACGCUUGAAAGAGAAUCCAGACUUUAAGGCUCCUUCAUAUGUAGGUCCUCGCAAGGAGCACCUCAAAAUAUAUCUUGAAGAGAAGGGUUUCCCAGAAUAUGCCGCUCAAAAACCAUUCCAGAUUUACAUGCAAGAUUUGGAGGAAUCUGGUAACCUGCCGGAGGUCGAGGAGAAAGAACUGCAAAUACAUGUGAUGGAGCAGUUCAAACGGCUGCCGACCUCUAAAAAAAAAUUUUACGCCAAUAAAGUUUUAGAGGGUCUGGAGGAGCACAGAAAGAAAUUCCUGGAGUGGGAACAGAACCAAGAUGAUGUGACGCUGUUUGCAAAAGAUCUGUUUCUUUCAGGUAAGAAUAAUCUUCCACAUCUAGUUGGUAUGAAGAGGAAGCCUUCUAAAAUGUCAGAAGUGUUCCCUCACAAGAUUGAGUUUGGUAUGUCUUGUCCCAAGUUCCAUGAUCAACCCAGGGAACCUCCCAAGACACCCAUCAAGCUGUUAUAUCUGAAAUUUGAGCAUACACCUAGAUUUCAAAAAGAGUUUAAAACACCUGCUGAUAAAGCAAAAAAACUUAAAGUGUAUGGACAAAUUAACUGAGGAACAAAAGGGCACUUAUGUCACAAAAUGCGAGGAACUCAAAGAGGUGUAUAAAACACGUUUGUUAGAGUAGACAAGAUGGACAAGGAAAUGUGCAAGGUGUAUCUCGGAUUUCUCAGGAGAAAGUUGUAUAAGUUCUUUGGAUACGACAUAUUUGAACAGGCAUAUCCCAAUGCUAAGUACCCAGUGUUUGUGUUGAGUCUAAAGAAGGCAUCAAAGUCAUCAAACGACUUAAGUGAUUUGGAUGUUACCGAUGAAGAGGAGGAGGACGCAGCAGCUACCAAACACGAAGAGAACAGCGGCGGACCAGUACAGUGACGACCAGGAUGGAGACUUGGAAAGUGAAGAGUCCGAUGAAGAACGGGAAAGUGAGUUGCCUACAAAAUCGAUUUUGAGUUCUAGAAAAGGCAAAGCAUCAAAGCUUGGAGGUAAGACUGGGAACACAGACUUGGCUAAAGGAAAGAAAACACAACCCAGUACACAGUCUUUGGGUAAGUCAGACAAGUUAAUAAACAAACUUGUUAAGAGUAAACCUGCUGUGGUGUCACAUUUAGGGAACACUGAGACUGUUAGCAAAUCAAGAUCAACGGGUAAUGAACUCAGAAAAGCUACAAAUAAGGAAAGUCAUGACUCUGAGGAUGAUUAUGAAAGUGAUAACCUGGAUCAAGAAAAUGAUAAUGAUGACUCGGAUCAAGAAAAUGAUAAUGAUGAAUCGGAUCAAGAAAAUGAUAAUGAUGACUGGGAUGAAGAAAAUUAUAGUGAUGGAUCGGAUGAAGAAUCUGGAAGUAAGGAGACUAACAAAAACAGAAUAGCUAAUACACCCAUUCAGCAAAAUGAUGAUGAAUCUAGCAGUAGCAGCUCCAGUGAAAAAGCUAUGGUUAGGCCGGCAUGGCUGAUACCAAAUCGAGGACAAACAGUACAGAAAAGGGAAGAUACAAGUGAAGAAUCUGAGUCAGAAUCAGAUUAGAUGACCAGCAGAAGUUUUUUCACAAAAUGCCCUCAAGUGGAUUGUAAUGUAUUAUAUAGUGGAACAGUGGUACCUGGAGGAUGUAUUUUACCUUUUACGUAAUUUAAAACUUUGAGUGACUUCAGUAAGUACGAUAUUGAAAGUUACUUGAAUAAUAAAUUCAUAAGGAUUAACUUUCUUAAAUAAUUUUUUAGUUUUUGUGACAAGGUAAAAUAUGAAAGUUUUAAUGUUUCUUGAAUUGGCAAGCAGCCAUGUAUUGAUUUUUUUUAAAUUAAGUUGAAGGUGCAUGAUAAGUGGCACAUACAGUAAAACCAUGAUGAUUUUACAUUUUAUUGUAAGUAUCAUUAACAAUAUUUUUGUUUUUAUGAAGAAUUACUGUUACAUUUAUAUGAACUUGAAAGUACUGUAGUAUUUUAUGCCAUUCAAUAAAUGGUUUCUAUAAAA